CUAUUUGAGAUUACCAUGUAGAAAAAUUAUGUAAACACUCUCCAUGUGCGGGUAAAUUGUAUAGCUCUAGAGGAAAAGAUGAGAAUCGAAUACUAUUGACGGUAUUAAUAUGUAUAAGCAGAAAUUGUAAAAGAUGCCUAAAAGAAAAGAGAUAAGAAUUCAAGAAAAUGGAGAGAAGAGAUUAAUUGCCGAUGUAAAGUCUGAAAUAAAAAAGAAUCAACAAGAGAGUAACAAAGAAGCAGAAAAAGUUCCAGUGGUUACAAAAGCAAGAAGCAGAAGGAAUGGAAAUACCAGUAUUGAAAAGCAUGAAAAGCCAAAGGACAUUGUAAAGGGGAUAAAAAAAAAUGAUUCUGAAAAUAAUGAAUCAGACACUAUUCCUGUUAUUAAAAAAGAUAAUUUAAAAAGUGAUGAAAAAGGAAACCUGACUCAAAAAGACCACAGUAAAGAUAUGAAGAAAGAACAAAUUGGAAGAAGAAAGAGAAAGAGUAGCACUCAGAAUGCAGAAGACAAUGAAAAGAUUGAUGGCAGCAUUAAAGGGGAUAUUGUAGAUUGUGAUGUACAACUUGCAAUUGAUGGUUCUAAAGACAGCAAAAAAAUGAAAUUGGAUCCAUGGCCUAAUACGAAAUUAGAUCCAUGGCCUAAAAGGGACAAUGAAACAAAAUCUACAGUUUUGUCUAAAAAGUUAGAAGCAUGGCCACAAGCUCAAAACAAAGGUAGAACUUAUGAAAAUCUUAUUACUGAUGGAAAGACAAAAGACAAAAAUGCUUGUAAGGGUAAGAAAGAAAAUAGUGCAGAGAAAAAGGAAUCACAAAGUUCAGAUAUGAUUAAGAAAUUAAAGACAGACACAGGGAAUAAGAGAAAGUCAAAUACCAAAAAAGAAGAUAUUCUUCAGAAUACAGUAAUAGCAAAGAAACAGAAGAGACAAGCUACAAAAUGUAACCAGAAACAGAAGGACAAUCAUCUCAAUACUACAAAUUUAAAGGAACAUAAUGAUAAUAAUGGAAAGAAAAUGGGAAAAAAAGCAGAUGGUGCUUCUAAAAAGAAAGGAAAAAGUGAACUUGCUGACCCUAAACAAAGUAAAAACGAAGUUUUGGGCAAGAAGAGUGGAGAAAAGACAAAAAAGUCAUCCAAAAAGAAAGUAAUUAAUACAAAAUUAGAUGAUGUUGAUAUAAUGUCAGAUGACAGUUCAGACAAUGAACAGGCACAGAAAAGUAGUAAAAAAAUCAAGAGAAAGGUGAAAGAUGUAGGUCAUAAUAUUGAAAAUGACACUUCUAAUUGUCAACCAUUGAAGUCCAUGUCAGCUGUUCCAAAGAAAGUUGACAUGAAAGAUGUGACGUCAGUUUUGUUAAUGAUGGAAGGGAAGACAAAGAAUGUUGAUGAUGCUGUACCCAGUACCUCAAGAAUGCAUGAUGACAGUGAUGAAAGUGAAGAUUUGAUAAAUAGUGAUGAAUCAGACUGGGAAGAAGUCGCAGCACUCCAUGAAAGUCCAAACAAGUCACAGAUUCCAUCUGGACCCAUUGAAAUUACUUUGGAUGGACCACAAAUUAUGAAGAAAAGGAAGAAGAAAACCUUUGAUGUAAAAGCUUACUUUCAGAGACUGUCAAACAGGUUCCAGAAAGAAGUGAGGGAAAAUAUUCAUAAGGUUCAUUUCAUGUGUUUGUUAUCUAGAGGGAUGUAUUUAAACAGACUUUGUGAAGAUGACACCAUUAAAGCCUUUGCCUUGUCCAUCUUGCCUAACCAGUUUACUACAGUAUCCAGGAAAACUUUUAACAUCAAUUUAUUAGCCAGGAUCUUGAUAUGGUAUAAAGAAAAGUUCCCUCUCAUGACAAAAAAUACCAUGAAGGAUCUUUGUGUGAAAGAAAGAUUAGAAGAAAGCUUCAGAUUUUCAACAGUGAUGUCCUAUCUAGAAAGAGCAUUGGUAUUAAUUAUACUGCUGAGGAAUUUAGGGUUAAUAACCAGACUUGUGAUGUCUAUACAACCAAUGCCAUUAAAACCUAAGGAUACAUCCAAAAAGUCAGGAAAAGAAAGUAACUCAAGAACUAAAAAGGUUUCUGAAAAAAAUUCUCAAAAUUCCAAGACAGUACAUAACAAGUCUGCAAAGGUUCUCUCAGGGAAAUCCAGCAAAGGAGGUCAAAAGAAACAAAGUAGUCAAAGUGAUUCUACAGAAUCGGAAUAUUUUAAAAAGAAAGACAAAAAGCCUAGGUCGAGAGGAUCAAAGGUCAAACCUCAAAGUUACAAAGGUUGUGAAAGUCAUGAUGAAGAUUCAAGCAGUGAGAGUGAAUUAGAUAAGCCUAGAAGAAGUAAAAGUGGUAAACAAAAGAAAGCUGUGAAGGGAAAAGCGAAAAAAGAAAAGUCUGAUGAAUGUAAACCAGGUUCUGAUGAUGAUUUUGAAGAAGACAGUUUUACAGCUAGGAGUCCUGUUAAUUUAUUAAAGAAAUUCGUGGAAAAAAACAAAAACAGAAAAAUUCUAUCAUCAGACUCUGACAUUGAAGAAAACACAGGGUGUGACAUAUGGACAGAGGUGUUCCUAGAAUCAGAGGAUAAGUGGCUAUGUAUUGACUGUAUGAAUUGUCGGGUGAACAAGCCACAUGUAAUAGAAAGCCAGGUUACCAAACCUCUUCACUAUGUCCUGUCAUUUGAUAAUGAUGGAUUUAUUAAAGACCUAACACCAAAGUAUGCCUCCAAAUGGUUGACGGAGACUAGGAAAUUACGAAUUAAAGAUGAGUGGUUACAGGAAACCUUAGCUCCAUACAAAAGUCCAGACAUAGAUGUCAUUGCUAAAGAAGAUAAUGAUAUUCAAGCAAGACUUGUGUCUCAACCAGUCCCUAAAAGUGUGUCAGAAUUGAAGAGUCAUCCAUUAUAUGUUUUGAAAAGACAUCUUCUAAAAUUUGAAGCAAUAUAUCCCAAUUCAGCCAUACCUGUUGGUUACAUUAAGAAUGAACCUAUUUAUGCCAGAGAAUGUCUCCAUGUUCUACAUUCUAGAGAGAACUGGUUAAAGGAAGGGAGAGCAGUCAGAGUUGGUGAAGAAGCCUACAAAAUGGUUAAAUCAAGAGUACGCUGGAAAAAUAAGAAAGAAAAUCCUGAUGCAUUAGACCUGGAGAUAUUUGGUCGCUGGCAGACAGAGGUGUAUAUACCUCCACCAGCCAUUGAUGGAAAAGUACCAAGAAAUGGAUAUGGAAACAUAGAGAUAUUUAUGCCAUCUAUGAUACCUGCUGGAACAGUUCAUCUUAAAUUGCCUGGUCUAAAUAAAGUUGCUAAGAAGUUAGACAUAGAUUGUGUAGCUGCCAUGACUGGAUGGGACACACACUGUGGAUACUCACAUCCUGUAUUGGAUGGUUUUGUUGUAUGUGAGGAAUAUAAAGACAUACUGUUAGCAGCCUGGGAUGAAGACCAGGAAAUACAGAAACAAAAAGAUAUUGAGAAAAGAGAAAAAAGGGUAACACAAAACUGGCGGUUACUGACAAAGGGAUUGCUAAUCAAGGAAAAAUUAAAAAGAAAGUAUCUUUUACAGCCUAACUUACAUGAGGUAGAAACUAAAGAAAAGACAAAAACAGAGAGCAAACCAGCAGAGAAGGCAGACGAUGUAGAGAAAGCCUGGCCAAUGAACAAAGAAGGCAGUAAAUCUCUUAGUACAGCAAAACAUUUUAAAACUGAAACUUUAUAAACAUUCUACAGUCUACCUGUACUUAAACAUUUCAUAAUUUUAAAAGGGGAACAUGCUUGUAUGGAAGUUGUAUAGAAGAACCACAAUUUAGUUGUCAUUUUCAUGUAAUUAGUAUAAUGAUGAGAUCUGUCGAGACAUGUAAAUGUAUGAUAUACCUCAUUGUGUUCAGGUAAUAUUUCAAUUAUGGCUGUAGGAUAUGAGUCUUACAUGUAUCAACUAUAUAUAAUCAUUAAAUUCUUAUUAUAAAACUGA